AUGCGCACUCUCACAUGGCUCGAGACCCUGCUGCUGGUCCCAGCAGUCUUAGGCCGGAAUUACUACGGCUCGUUUGAGGACCCAGCCAGCGACGCGCGCGUGAAAUUCCGAUACUGGCUCCCCGAUGCGAGCGUCGAUAUCAGUACCGUACAGAGCGACAUCGAAUCAGCUGGGUCAAUUGGAGCCGGAGGCGUGCAGUUACUGCCGCUGUAUAAUUAUGGAGGAUCGCUGGCACCGCCGCCGGAGGGAGCUGAUUGGGCGACGUAUGGGUUUGGGACGCCGGCGUUUAACCGCAUGUUUAAGGCUUCGUUGAAGGCUGUGACGGAUGCGGGCAUGGUGUUUGAUUUUGGGCUAGGGCCGAAUCAGGGACAGGGUGUUCCGGCUGUUACUACGGAUGAGGGGUUGCAUUGGGAUUUGGCACCGUUUAAUGCCAGUGUCCCUGCGAAUGGAUCCUACAAUGACAUUAUUCCAGGAUGGGGUACGGGUGAGCUAGUUGCCCUCGUUUCGGCAGAGGUUUUGUCCUCAUCGAUUAUCCAGAAUCCGGCCAGCGCUACGUUUAGCACUCCAUCGACGAACUCUACACGUCUAGUGCUCCGAAGCGAUUCCCUUACGGAUCAGACGAAUAAGGUCCACGAUGGAAUCGUGAACUUGCGCUUCAACGCCACUGGCGAUUAUCGUCUUUUCGCAUACUACCAAUACCAGGAUCUUGCAAAGAACCUAGACAUUCAAACCAACACCACGGGAACCAUCUUCGACAACGGCUCGUAUACCGUGGAUCACUUCAGCGCUCGCGGUGCACAGACGACCAUUGAUUUCUGGGAGAAGCAUAUCCUUAAUGAUACAGAGACCAAGGAGCUUUUGUCAGAGGUUGGAAAGUACGCUUGGGAGGACAGCCUUGAAAUCAAGUCAAACAUCUCCUGGUCCCCCUCUUUGCCCCAGCAUUUCCGGGAAGCGAAUGGAUAUGACCUGCAGAAAUACCUCCCCUUGGUUCAAUUCGGCAACAACAACCCUGGCGUGCAGCCAUCCUACCCUGGAGAUCUGGCGUGUGUUCUCGAUUCGGAGGACUCAGGAAAGGGAUUUGUGAAUGAUUACCGGGAAGCCUUGGCUCAGGGUUAUCAAUCAUACCUGAAGACUCUUACGUCUUGGGCCGAGGGUCUGGGCUUAGAAUUCUCAGGGCAAGUAUCGUACAACCUGCCACUGGACAUGGAAUCAAGCAUAGAAUACGUCAACGCACCCGAGUGCGAGAGUCUGGCAUUCAACGACAACAUCGAUGGCUAUCGCCAGUUCGCUGGAGUCGCCAACGUUGCCCAGAAACAGGUUAUCUCGAACGAGAUGGGUGGUGAUCUACGAAAGGCCUUCAAACUCACCGUUUCCCACUUGCUGUGGCAAAUUAACAGUGCUUUUGCUGGAGGUGUGAAUCAGGUCGUCUUGCAUGGUCAGACGUACACUGGCAACUACUUUGAUACGACGUGGCCGGGAUAUACUGCGUUCUUCAUGCUCUUCUCUGAAUCUUACAACGACAAGCAGCCUGCGUGGCUGCACAGCUACCCCGAGGCUAUUGCGUACGCCAGUCGAAACCAAUACAUUCUGCACCAUGGACAACCGCGGACUGACGUCGCCUUCUUCAACAAAGCGUCUGUUACGGAUCCGCAGGUGGGUACUGUGUACUCUGACGACGAUCUGAUUAACGCUGGAUAUACAUACACGUAUCUAUCGCCGGAAAACUUCAACAUGACAAAUGCGCGUGUGGCCAAUGGCAUACUCGCUCCUGAAUCACCAGCUUACAAGGCAAUGGUCGUCACCAGCUACCAGAACGUCACAUUGGACGCCGUCAAACAGCUCCAGAAAUUCGCACAGGAUGGCCUACCCAUAAUCCUCAGCGGCGGUCUACCAGGAUACUACGCUUCCAGCAAGUCCGCCGACGGGAAAGCUGUCUCUCCAGCCUUGCAAACGCUCAAAAACACGAAGAACGUAUACACCGUCGGCACCCACGAAAUCGCACAGAAGCUGACAGACCUGAACCUCGCCCCUCGUGUCUGUGUCCAAACAAACGGCACCUGGUACCCAGUCUUCAGGACAGAUAAUACCACCGACUACGUAUUCAUCUUCUCGACAGCCAACAGCGCUUCUUCGGGGACUAUCACCGUGCAAACGACAAAGACGCCAUAUUUCUUCGAUAGCUGGAGCGGCAAGCGUGCGCCGGUGCUGCAGUACCAGGUGCAGAAUGGUAGUUUGUCCAUUCCGCUGCGCUUGGCUUCGAACCAGACGGUUGUUUUGGCAUUUAGCAACGAGCUAGCAUCUGAGAUUGAUACACCCUCCGCGCACGCCGUGCAGCUCCCAUCUAACAUCCUGGGAUACAACUACACAAAGACCAACGGGCUAGCCCUACACGUCGCCCCAUCCACCCAGUCGAGCACCGCGACAGUCAAACUCUCAAAUGGCAAAAGACAUUCUCUUCCCAGAAGCAGGGCGACUCCUUUCAAGCUGAGCAACUGGACCCUAACAGCCGAACACUGGGAAGCACCAUCCAACUUCACGAACGCGAGCAUUCCCGCCGUGAAACAUAACACCACGCAUAACCUCCAGGGAACGCAUCUCCCCUCCUGGCUCGAUAUCCAGGGUCUACGUAAUACCUCUGGCGUGGGGUACUACACGACAACAUUCACCUGGCCAUCCAGUAACGAAACAACCGGGGCAUAUAUCUCCCUCCCGCGCGUUCCCCAAGGUCUCCAAGUCUCCAUAAACGACCAACGCCUCCCAAGUCUUGACUUCAGCAAUCCCACGGCCGAUAUCGGAUCGUAUUUGGUGAAAGGGAUGAAUGAGGUUGAGAUUGUCGUGCCGACGGUGAUGUGGAAUUAUAUUCGCAGUUUGUAUGAUAGAAUACAAAUUGCUGGGUCGGAGCCGAUGUUGAGUAGUACCGGGGCGUUGCCGGAGAAUGAGGAGAAUGGGUUGGUUGGGGAGAUGUACUCCCGGAAUUCAGUACCAGCUUAG